UUUUUUUUUCUUUUUUUUUUUUUUUUUUUUUUUUUUUUUUUUUGAGUUUUUGUUGCGCACCUUUCGGGAUUUUACAAGUUGCCAAGCGCGCAAGCAAACAUUUGAUAUUUGUACGCAUAUGCCACGUUGGAUCUGCCACGUUUUGAAGGGCGAUAUCAAACCCAUUUUUUGACUGUAAAUUUCACGGGCCGGUCCUUGAAUUCAAUUUCAACACCGAGCUCUUUGCAUCCCCACUUUCAACUGGAAGCUCUCAUCAUCAAGGCUCUCAAGCUGUGCAAUCUGCAGUCAAAUCAAACUACCAAAUACGGCUUUGAAGCUAUUGAGAGCUUAUUUUAUCGACAUUUUCAACACAAAGAAGGCAAAUUGAAAUCUCAUUGGCGCUCACUUGCAAUCCAAAAUGGCCACCAACGUUUCUAUCGAGACCUCAAUGGGCACCAUUGUCGUGGAGCUGUAUGAGUCGCACGCGCCCAAGACGUGCAAGAACUUCAGCACGCUCGCGUCGCGGGGCUACUACGACGGGACCGUGUUCCACCGGGUUAUUAGCGACUUUAUGAUCCAGGGCGGCGACCCGACGGGCACGGGCCGGGGCGGCUCCUCCAUCUACGGCGACAAGUUCGAGGACGAGAUCCGGCCGGACCUUAAGCACACGGGCGCGGGGAUCCUGUCCAUGGCAAACGCCGGUCCCAACACCAACGGGAGCCAGUUCUUCAUCACGCUGGCGCCCACGCCUUGGCUGGACGGAAAGCACACCAUCUUUGGUAGGGUCUCGGGUGGCAUGGGCGUCGUGGAGAGGAUGGGCAGGGUCCAGACGGAUAAGUCGGAUCGUCCGGUCACGGAGCUCAAGAUUGUAAGGGCUAAGGUCGUUGAGCAGCAGUGAUGGACUGGGAAGAGAGGGUUUUAUGAGUUGAGAUUGUUUGUCUGCAUCGCGUUUUUUUUCACUUUUUAGGCGGCGCAUUGCAACUACUUUGAACUUGAGUGGGCUGGUAGCAGUAUUCCUUUAUUCAUGAGCUGCGAGAGAAUCAGGCUUAAAACAAAGAUGGCAGCAUAUCAUAGGUUCCAUUUGCAAGGAUUUUUAUCCUCUUUCACGGCCAUGCAAGUACGCACGGGGUAAAAAAUAAACAUAUGGACAAUGAGCACCUGAAGCACAGUGGCACAAUGACGCCUAUGCUGCAGCGUCUCCAC